ACACAAAAUGAGCCAAUCAGCACCCGAGAUUGCCUUCCUAUGCUUUCCCUAUGGAAGAACGCCGUCGACUCGCCCCGGGAGAAGGUCCUCGCGCCCAACUGCACCCAUCGACAGCAAUCAUGCCUCGUGCCAAAUUGGUAGACUCCAAGCCCCGCGGACGUAUGUCUGCUUAUGCCUUUUUUGUACAAACGUGCCGAGAGGAACACAAGAAGAAGCACCCAGAUGAAAAUGUGGUUUUCUCUGAAUUUUCCCGGAAGUGUGCUGAACGCUGGAAGACAAUGACUGAUAAGGAAAAAGAUCGUUUCUAUGACAUGGCAGAUAAGGAUAAAGCUCGCUAUGACACAGAAAUGAAGGGGUACAGGGGACCACGUACUCCGCGUGUUAGUCGCAAGCGCCGUAACCGCAAGGAUCCAAAUGCACCCAAAAGAGCGUUGUCUGCCUUCUUCUGGUUUUGCAACGAUGAAAGAGCAAAAGUCAGAGCUGCCAACCCUGACAUGGGAGUAGGUGAUGUGGCCAAGCAACUUGGAGCUGCCUGGAGUAACACACCACCAGAAGCUAAGGCAAAAUAUGAAGCUUUAGCUGCAAGUGACAAGGAAAGAUAUGAGAAGGAAAUGAAAGCUUUCAAGGAGGGCAACUUUGGAGCCAAGAAACACAAGACCAUGAAUGCUCCAAAUGAAGAUGACGAUGAUGAAGAAGAGAGUGAAAGUGAGGAAGAAGAGGAGGAGGAGGAUGAUGAAUGAAGUUUUUCUGUAGGUUAAGAAUGACCAGAAGUAUUAUAGGAUUUUGUUUGUUUUAGUGUGUAGUAGGUUGAAAUGAAGGGAAAGAAAUAAUUAAUUUGGUCAUAUCUCCCUUAUAUUUGUAGGAUAUAAAUUAUACCGGUAAAGACAAUCCCAAUUUUCUUUAUUGCCUAUGACAGGAAAAUUGUGAAGUACCUUGUCUUAGGAGGCCAACUGUCUUUUAAGUUUCAAAAGCCAAAGAAAAUGGUCUAUUGUAAUUCUUUCAAUAGUAUCUAAAUUAUUUUCAUUUUUGAAACCAGGAAUAUUUAUUUAUCUUUUUUGAGGAAUUAAUUUAUUUAAUGUGAUAGUUUUAGUGACAUGGAAUAUAAACAUGUAUUUUGUUCUGAAUCAUUGAAUGUUGCACAUGUAUUCUUGUAUAUACAUUUUUUUGUAAUGCUGAUGGACCGCAUCAUAGUCCAGAUAAGUCAUGAUCAUUGUUCCAACAUGAUCUCUUGUUUUAUCCCAACCCACUGUCCAUGUCGUAGGUGUGUUUCACCCUCAUAGUUCUUUGUACAUCAUGUCAUUAUCAUUAAGCCAAUUCAUUUGAGACUCCCAGAUGUUUUUUCUUAAGAAAUUUGUAAGAAGGAAGCUGAAAUUAGGUUACGUGGGGGGCAGUAUCUUUUUUAUCCUCAACUGUGUAAAUUUUUGAGAGGAUAUUUUUCUUUGUACAGGUCACAAUGGUAAUUUAUUUUUACAUGGUACAAGAAUAUGGAGUGUCUUAUAGAUUGCUUAAUAACUUAUUUCUAACAAAAAAAAAGAGUAAAAAUGAGCUGCAAGUGAGCCUAGACGAGAUAGCUAUUUUUGGAAUGAUCUUCCAAAUGUGUUUAAUUAAUGAGUAGAUGAAUUGUCAUUUAAGUUUUAAUUUGCUCUCUAGGCUUGAGUGAGGAUGAAUUGAGCUUUAUUGUUUAUUGUAUAAUCUUCCUACACCACAGCAUUUUGUUGUUGUGAUUUUUUGUAUGAAGAGUACAAUAAAAAUCCCAGUUUGUA